AUGUCUAGUUCAUCUGGUAUCUCCAGAUUUUCUGGAGUGUUAUACGGCUUUAUUAUCUGUUUAUGGCUUCUUGCACUUAUUGGAGCAGCCUUAUUAUUUCACUUCCCGUUUGCUAGCUUUGAGGUUCCGCUGUUGGGAUUAUCAUCUUUAACUUAUUCGCAGGGUUUAUCUUUUUCAACUUUAACUUUUCAUCUAUGUCCUACAAUAAAGUAUCUAAAUACUGAGGAUCUCCAAGAAAUUCCACCCGUUCCUCGAAGUACUUCACAGAAUAUAAAAACUGAGGAUCAAGAAAAUCCACCCUUUCCUCGAAGUACUUCACAGCCGUCUUCGGGAGAGGACCAGACGCUUGAUAUUUUAUCUACUGUUUACACCUCCAAAAAAAUUUGCAUUGAUUAUAGAAAAGAUUUAAUACUUUUAUCCUUCUCUGUUGCCUUUUUAAGCCUCUGCGUUCUUCUAACGAGUUUGUCGUUGCUUCUACCUUUUUCGGCUUACUUUUCUCCUUUCUGCGGGCUAGUCGGACUCCUCAUAAGUAUUAUCUGUUUUGCUGAUGUUAAAAAAUUGGUUACUGCGCCAUGGCAGUUUCAAUAUUAUUUUUUAUGGCCUUUGAUAAUCGGCUUUAUUGCUUUCUUUUCCUCCAUACUGUAUGCAUUUAAUGUUCAUUCUAACAGAAAAGCCUCCGUUAACAGCGAAUUUUAAUAAAUUCCUACUACCUUUUUUGCGUUA